UGGACUUCGGGUUUCCGGUUCCGGCCGGGAGGCUUGUUGUGAGGCGCGGGGCCUAAGGGAGAGCCCGAGGCGGAUUGGCGAGUUAGGCCCCGGCCUCUGGGGCCUGCACCCGCCGCGGAGGACUCCGCCUCGCUUUGCUCAUUUCACCAAAUCGAGUGGCCGACAUGAGCGGCAGUGGCGGCGGUUACAUCGACCCGAUCUGGUGGCGGGAGAAUGCCUUUCUUUUUGCAGAAGGCUGUUACCUGUCAACAUUGACGGAUAAAGCCAACGUUUACCACCAUAACCUGCAGGACAAUCCGGUUACAAAUCAGAGGCUGGACAAUUUUUUAAAAGAUCUAAUUGAGAGCAGUCCAGUGGAGGUUCAUCAGUGUGUUUUUAAUGAGGAGACAGCCAUAAUGGAGCAGCAUGUUUUUGAUUCAAGUGAUGAUGAUGAUAAUUACACCUAUGAAGAUGAUUAUUCCAAUGAUGAUGAUGACCACAACGUUGAUACAUUUUGCGGAUUACGGAAAAAUUUCCUCUACAAUGCUCCGGAAUUGUCCACAUUUAAAAAUAUAACAGAUCCAUACAAUAAUAAAAGCUCCAAUUCAUACCGAGGUUCUGCUGAGGAGGCUGAGAGAAUUGCUCAAGAGUUAGUUAAUGAAGAGGAGCAGGCUAAAAAGAAGGCUGAGAAACGAAGACUUAAGAAAAAAAGACAGAAAGAGAGAAGGCGGCAACAGAAAUUAGAAAAAGAAAAUAGAAGCGAGAAUAAAUUUGGAGAGAAUGUUAAUGAUAAGAAAGUUCUGUCAAAGAAAGAAAGUUGUAGCGACGGAGAGGAGGAUGAUAAAGAAGUGAGUGGAAAUAUUAAACGUGGUCUUGCUGUGUUACCUGAGAAAGGGGCUUCAGCGGGCAAAGAGCAGAGCUCCGACACAACUGACAGUAAAAAUGAGAAUAGUGUGAAAGUUACUGCUGUAGUGAGUGAGGAUGAGAACGCAAUCGAUAAAUCAGUGUAUAUAUCAGAGGAUGAGUUAGAUAUGAACAGUUCUUUUGUUUCAAAAGCUGUCACCCAAAUGAAACGUAAAAUGAACAUAAAACCUAAAGUUGAGAAGAAGGAGACUGAGAAGAAAAAAGGAGAAAAGAAAGUAGAGCAAACUACGGACCCCAACGCUUUGAGUGACAAGAUUUAUAACUUGGCAGUACAAGGAAAUAGUAUGGCUAAUGAGGGGCGCUAUGAAGAUGCGGUGGAAUAUUUUACAGAAGCAAUUAAAUAUGAUCCAAAAGAAUAUAGACUGUUUGGAAACCGUUCCUACUGCUAUGAGAGAUUAAAGCAAUAUAGUCGAGCACUGAGUGAUGCUCAAAUAGCAGUGAAUCUGAAUCCAUCCUGGCCUAAAGGAUACUUCAGGAAAGCUAGAGCAUUAGCUGGAGUUAAGAGAUACAUUGAGGCCAUAGAGGCUUUCCAGGAGGUGCUGAAAAUUGAUAGCUCCUGUAAAGAUGCUGAAUGUGAGCUCGUCCAAGUUCAGAUGCAGCUACUGAUGGAGCGAGGUUUUACUCAGCAGCAAUGUGAUGAAAUUCUAUUUAAAUAUGGGAGCUUAGAAGAGACGCUACUAUCUUCAGCUCCGAAACCCCGAAACAGCCAAAUUAACGCAAGCACGUAUGUAUCGGAUGAAGACGACAAAGACUUUGUACGUGUGAAAAAAUCCAAAAAUAAACCUGCCUCAAUGUUAGUCCAGCCACAACUCCAGCCGAGGGAAUUGUUUCCGAUCUGGAUUGGGAAUGUAACCACUCGUAUCACUGAAGAAGCAUUACGUAGAAUAUUUGAAACUGUUGGAACCAUACACAGCAUCCGAAUGCUUCAAGAUCGCUUUUGUGCCUUCAUCAAUUACACGACCAAACAGGGAGCGGAGCAGGCCAUUACAAAGUUACAGGGUACUGAACUCGAAGGAACCAAGCUGCUGAUUCGUCAUCCUGACAAUAUUUACAAAAACCUCGGAGCAGCCAAGACGGCAGCUCCAGCCACUAAGCCUUCACUUGUGGAGAAGGUGAAAAUCCCACCCACCCUUGAGUGCCAUUUCUGGAGGAAUGUCGGCUGUGUCUAUGGGGACAAGUGUCGCUUCCGGCACAUUCCGCAGCACAAAGGCGUGGAUACCAAGGUCACGCAGAAUUAAACACUGACAGAUGCACGUUUGUGCUGUAACAUUUCAAAGGAAGAUGCCAAGUUGUGAAGAGGAGAGGGCAUGAUGCGUGAUAGCCAGUGGCAGUAACGAAUGGAUCAGUGAACAAGAACAAUGUGUGAUGUGCUUAUCACUACGGCAGCAACGUGCAGUGGAGCCCAUUUUAUAAUCCGGUUCGUGAGAGAAACAAUAACACCCGAUUGGAGAGCUAACUACGGAACUCUUUUCACCUGGGUGUAAGAGGAGCUGGUGUUAUAAGGAAGGAAUUCUCGUGUGAACAAGAGGCGUUUCCAGUCUACCUUGUAUAAAGAGUGAUUGCACAUAUCCAAGAAGCGCAGACCAGGAGGCUAGGACUGCAUUGUCGCAGCUAAUUCGGUGAACCUCUGCAGUGUGCAAGCACGAAUCUGUCCACAUCACAGGCAUUGAAAGUAUCUCCCUCCCCACCUCCGGUAUGAAGUUAUGUGGCCUGAGAGUUCAGACCAACUCCCCUUGGUUAGACCCUCUGUGGUUGGUCUGACUAGGAUUCAGUGCUAACCCCCCCCCUCCCCACGUCAGGCGGAAACAAGAUUCUGUGUUUGUUAUCUGGAGACAGUGACCCUGGCUUCUGUACAGAAUGUGGAAGGGCUCUGCAGUUUUAAAAUUCCCUCCGGCAGGGUGUGUACCUUGCAGCUGAAUCUCCCCUGCUCGUGGCAAAAAGUCUGAUCUCGGCAGCGGACCGCUGAGGGAGGGGAGGGUGGAAUCCUUACUGUCCUGAGAGCAUCACCUUUGUGCACGCGCAUGCACGCACUAUUGGGCUGCCUGUGGUGAAAACGGAAUGAGCUGUGUAAUUGGAAUGCCCUCUGGAAUCUCCUGUCCACACUCUGUGUGUGCUCAAGCUUUGAUUCGGAAACUUGUUCUUGGAGCUGCUUGACGUGGCUUGCUCCUGGAGAUGGAUUCUACACUGUCGAUUCCUGUCUCACCCGGCGCUGCCUCAAUUCCUGUCAUCAUGUCGCCUUUCUGCAAUUUUUGCUGAUUUGAUUCCAUAAACCAUGUUUCGAAAUGUGUUUAAAGAGAGAGGGGGUGGUAUUCUGAUACUACUGUCUGCCCCUCGUUGUGCCAUAUUGGAGGCAGUGUACUCUGUUAAAAUGAUGCACCCUGUUAUCAGUGAUUUGAUUUUACCUUUUAUAAAUUGCACAAUGCCUUUAUAUAUAUAUUUAAGAAAAAUCAAGUUUCUAUAACCAGAUAAAAAUUGAUUUGAGAUAAAUGAGCAGUGCCAGAGACUGCAGAUACAUCCUUAUAAAAUCCCAGUCAGAUUCUUGUA